AUGGAUCAAUUGCUGGACAUGGAGGCGUUAAAGAAACUGUCUCCUGAACAGCAGCAACAAGUAAUUGCGGGUGUUAAGCAGCAAGCUGCUAUUGCAAAUGCACAGAAUCUCAUCACGGACCUGUCAGAAAAGUGCACUAGCAAGUGUAUAUCGUCUCCUGGUAGCUCGCUUUCCAAUUCAGACAGACAAUGUUUGCAACGAUGUAUGGACCGUUUUAUGGACUCAUGGAAUCUCGUCUCUCAAACACUUCAGAGGCGUCUACAAGAAGAAUUGGCAUCGGCCGGCGCAUUCCAGGGUGGCCCCAGUUUUUCAUGA